AUGCCGAGCUCUUUUACUGGGGGGCGGGGGAGACGACACUGCGGUCCUAGUGCUGCUCAGUGCGGCCCAGAACCUAGCCCUGUGGUGUGUCCCCCGAGGGCGCAGCGCCGGGCCCUCGGGGUCGAGGCCGCGGGCGGCGAGCUGGGGCCCCGAAGGCCCGGGCUGAGCUCACCCCUCGGUUCCCGCGUCCGCGGCCCUGAGCGCACGGUGCUCGGAACUCGGAGGUGUCCGCGACUCCGGCAGCACCGGCCCGGGAGGGUGCGAACCAGAGGCGUUCCGAUCCGCGGAGUCCCAGCCUGGAACGUUCGGACCCUCGGAUUCCGGCCUCGAGCGUUCGGACCCUCGGGUUCCGGCCCCGGCGGCGCUGAGAGCCCGGAGCGCCAGGGCGCGCCAGCCGCGGGAUCCGAGCCGCGGACUGCGGGCGGGACAGCUCCCCCGCUCCGCCCGUGGGGAGCGCUCGCCCCUCCAGGAAGCGCCCGCCUCGCCUCCCCACCCCCGCCCCCUCUCGGCCGGAGGGAGGAGCCCGAGCCGCCGCCGCCGCCGCCCGCCCGCCCGGGAGGAGCACUGGACCCCAGGCGGCUGGGAGCGCACGCGAGCUGGCCAGGGCCGCGCGGGCAGCGCCCUGAGCCCGUCCCGCGCCCGCGGGCCCCGCCAAGCAGAGGAGCGCCCCGGGAUGCCCCGGCGGCCCGGAGCGCGGGCAGCGGCAGCGGCGACCACGCCGUGAGGGCGGCGGCGCCCGCGGGACCCGUGGCCUCAGGGUCCGGCCCGCCUGCCCGCUGCCGGGCUGGCACAGAGGGGCCCACUCUGACCCUCGCCUGCCCCAACUCCGGACAUCAUGUGCUCCCCAUUUCGGGGAUCCAGAAGCUUCCAGCCAGAGGCCAGGGCCUGCCAGCUAGACCAGGUGGAGUCAAGGUGGAGUCCGAGGAGCUCGGCCCAGCCUGA